AUUCGCAGCCAAGCCGACGCAGCAGCAUGGACAACAAGUUCAUCCCGCAGGCCAUCGCGCUCGUGACGCAGGCGAUCCAGGAAGACACCAACAAGAACUACGAAGCUGCGUUCAAGCUCUACAAGCAGUCGCUCGAGCACUUUAUGAUCGGCGUCAAAUAUGAGAAGAACCCGACGUCCAAAGAGAUCAUCAUGAAGCGCGUCGAGGGCUACAUGUCCCGCGCCGAACAGCUGCGCGAGAUGCUCGAGGGCGCGUCCAAGCCCAAGGUCGUGCCCGCGGGCGGCGUCGCUGAAAAGGAAAAGGAUGACGAAGAGAAUGAAGAUGCCGAAAAGAACAAGCUGCGGGGCGCUUUGGCCUCUGCCGUCGUCUCGGAGAAGCCCAACGUCAAGUGGGAUGACGUCGCCGGUCUCGAAGCCGCAAAAGAAGCGCUCAAGGAAGCCGUGAUCCUUCCGGCGCGCUUCCCGCAGCUCUUUACCGGAAAGCGCCGGCCAUGGAAGGGGAUUCUUCUCUACGGCCCGCCGGGUACCGGUAAGUCGUACUUGGCCAAAGCCGUGGCGACCGAGGCCGACUCGACCUUCUUCUCCGUCUCGUCGUCCGACCUCGUUUCCAAAUGGCAAGGCGAGAGCGAGCGAUUGGUGAAAAACCUCUUUGAGAUGGCGCGGGAGAAGAAACCUUCGAUCAUUUUCAUCGAUGAGAUCGACUCGCUAUGCUCGAACCGGUCAGAAGGCGAGAGCGACUCGACACGACGCAUCAAGACCGAGUUCCUGGUGCAAAUGCAAGGCGUCGGCCACUCGCACGACGGCAUCCUCGUCCUCGGCGCCACCAACGUCCCGUGGGAGCUCGACCCGGCCAUGCGCCGCCGGUAUGACUCUUGCAUCACUCCCACCAGCCUUCUUAUCCUCGUCUUAGUUUUGAGAAGCGAAUUUACAUUCCGCUCCCCGAAGUCGAAGCGCGCAAGGUCAUGCUCAAGAUCCACCUUGGCGACACGCCCAACACGCUCUCGGACGACGACUUUACCUACCUCGCUUCCCAAGCCGAAGGCACGUCCGGCUCGGAUAUCUCGGUGCUCGUGCGUGAGGCUCUCAUGGAGCCGCUGCGUCUCUGCCAGCAAGCGCAAUUUUUCAUGCGGUGCGACGACAAGUGCCACCCCAACCGCAACGGGGCCUUCUUGACACCGUGUCCUGACGACCCGCCGUGCCCGUACUGCCACAUGAAGCUCUCUUCGUGUGGGAGCGCGUGCCAGGGCUGCAAGACGCCGUGCGGGCGCUGCGGCGCUUACCGCAUGCGCCUCUACGAUUUGCCGGAGCGCGGCUUCCGCGACGACCAGCUCAAGCCGCCCAUGGUGUCCAUGCGCGAUUUCAAAAAGGUGUUGGAGCACUCGAUCUCGAGCGUUGCGCCCGAAGAACUCAACCAGUUUGUCAAGUGGACGACCGAGUUUGGCCAAGAAGGCUAGCUGCUGCUGCUUGUCGUUGCUGUGUCAGCUGGCCUUUUUCACGUACCUAACCUUUUCCACUAACCUAACCUACCCCUUGCCGCAAAA